UCUUAUUGGUUCCUCUCUGUUAAGCUUGUUCCCUUGUCCUCUGAUUCUUCUGAAUGCAGGAAUGUCUUUGAUUCAAGAAAGGUUAAGACAUGUCUUAUAUUCCUCCACAUAAGAGACAUUUGAAUCCGGCUAGACCAGCCCCUGUUCCAGAUUCUCUUAUUCCCACAUUCAAGAAAAACCUCGAAUUCAAGAGUAAAAAUGAUAAACGCAACAAUAUUAUCUAUUCAGGAGAUACCAUUUCCAAAUGGUUUCUUGUUGGUUCAAAUGGAAUCGAGGAUGAGGUUCCUUCGUAUGUUGAGUUUGUGCCUGUGUCUUUGGAUUCUGUCGAAAACCCUUUGAUAUUGAUGAACAAUAAUGUCCAAAAGGUGAACAUGGAUAUGGGAGAGAAAGAAGAAGAGAGAACUCAGUGGCAGUUAGUAGCAGAAAAGGUCGAGAAGGAUCUUGUGUUGGGAUAUGAGCGAGCUAAGACAGAAAUGGAGGAGCAUCAUCAUGUAUUGAGAUUGGUUGCUAGGUUUGGUAAAAUUAUCUUCUAUGGGCGUCAAGCUCGCACCGAGGCUGAAUGUUCGCGGAAUAACUCGAAGAAGAUGUUCUCUACGGAUGUUCCAACUUCUUACUUACAACACAUCACAUUUAAGGUUGUACCAAGCCAUGGAUUCUCUAUUGACUUGGAAAAGGAAACAUACACUGUGAAGGUAUCACAUUCUUCUCGUCCCAAUGCAACCAUCAACUGUAAAUGUACCAUGAAGGAAGAUGGACGGCUCAGUUUGUACAAGGCAAUUGUUGAUGUGUCAUGCAUUGAUAAGAAUCUCGACAUGAGACUGAUGCUAGCCGCUAAGAGGAAAAUAACGUAUCUCAGCGAGAAAGAGAUAGGUGACAUUAAAGAGCGAUUGGAAUCAGCGACUGUUGAUCCAAAUGUAAAAGGUGGUUUAAGGUGGCCGUUUGGUAAAGCUUUAUCUGAAGAUGGAUACAGAGAAUUUGAAGUUUGUCACGUUAGAGCUACUAUCUACAAAAACAAAACUCUAAGGCUUAGGGUUAGAGAGACUGAUAGAUUCAAUGAGAGGAUUGGAACAGGGGAAAUCAAGAGGGAGGUGAGUCUGACGCUUAAAGACAUCGACACUAAGUUACAGGAACAGAACAUGGAGAGGGCUUGUGUUGUGGAAAUGCUUCGAGAUGCUCUUGGAACCAUAUGGGACUUCUUGCAUUGCGAUGCAUAUCUUACGUAAUCCGUAAUAAUAUGAUCUUGCUGUUGUUAUGAGGUUUUCUUUCUUACCUUGUGCUGUGUUUUGGCAGAAUAAUGUUUUGUGACAAAAAAAACAAAAAAACAGAAUUGUAUGUUUGUUCCAGAGAAUCUGUUGUUACAAAAUCUGAAAUAAAUACAUUUGUAAGUU